AUGGAGGAGACAGUGUAUUGUGGAUAUAGUUUGAAGCUGAAGACAAGAAAUCCUGAUUUUUCUAGCUUGCCGACCGCUGUCUUCAACUUCUCGAUCAAGUGGCACCAUUUGCUAGUGUUUGUCGAUCGACUGUCGGAGUUGAGUCAGUCAUUUGAGAUGCCGCUCUGCAUCCUAUCAUGGCAAUCCCUUUGCGAAACGCAUAUGGAGAGAGUCCUCGAUGCUUUGGGCGUUCACCACGGCUUUUGGGCCGCUAUUAUAAGAGCUAUUCUGCGUACAGUGUUUCGGGCAUCAAGUAAUGGCCAUGGGGGGUUCGACAUGAACAUAAAUUUGGAAUUGGCCACCAAAGAUGAAGUCCAAAUGGAAGAAUCUGAGGAAGCCUCGAUUGGAGGAUACGAGCCGGAUCCCGAUCAAGUCACGCGGGGCGUCUCCAAAAGCACUGUUGAAAAGCUCAAGCAGAAGAGCUACUUUGUCGAGAACGGUGACGGAUGCUGUUCUAUUUGUUUAGAGGAACUAGAUGGGGAAAAUAAAGUGAUAAAGAUACCGUGCUCGCACUUAUUUCACUUCAGGUGCAUCGUCAAGUGGCUCAAGAGUAAUAAUUCAUGUCCGCUAUGUCGUAGCAAAGUAGAAGUAGAAGAUCCAGAGUAG